UGGAAAUUUUAUUACUAAUUCAACGGUGUAUGACAUUCCAACAUUUGACUAUUACUUCCCAGGGUUUUGUACAAAACCGCAGAUUUUGGUGUUUUUUGCGUUUUCGCAAGUUGUUGUUACUUGGCCAAAAUAAGACGCAUUGUCAUAGGAGUGACUCUUUUUACGACGAAUUCACUGAGUUCACUGAGCAGUUUCAAAUUGUAAGCAUUAUUUUUUUGGUAGUUAAAACCAAAACCGAUUCAUGUUGUUUGUAAAAAAAAAAUACCUUUCUAAACAGUUGUUUUUUUCGUUAUUUGUCCGUAAUAAGACCCACAGCCAAAAUAUUAACCGCUUUGUGCAGAUAUCUUAACAGACCAUUUCUACAUUAGCUAGGGUCAAAGACUUAAGAUACUUUUUCAAUAAAUUAGCAAACAUCUUUAAAAAUUGUUUUACAUGAUGUGCACUAACAAUUCAUGGUUUGUGUUUUGGUAAUGUAUUUUCCAAAAAAGGAACCUAUUUUAGUUGGGACACUGGAGCUUAAAGCUUUCCUCAAACUUAAGACACCUUCGGAGCUUGAAAGCUUAGCUCAAACCAGAUUUAUUUGAUUGAAGACAACAUUUGAAUAGCUUUUAAGCUGGCCAACAAACUACUAUCCAAACUUUGAUAGAACGGUAAAGCUUAAAGCUGCGCUUUAUUCAGCUUUCUCUGUCCGUUCCCCGUUCCUUGCCUUUUCCUGAACUUUCUCAUGCUUUGUUUGCGCGCGCGAUUGUAUGCGUGAAUGUGCCAUGUGUUUAUUUAUUAAUAAUUGCAUUACUCAUACGCCAUGCUGUCCCUAGCUGGAAGCAAAGCGUUCAAGUGCGCACGUGACACGUAUAUGCCAGAGUAUGUGUGCAUUACUGGGAGCCAGUGUGUGUGUAGGUGUGUGUGCAGUUAUUCGCAUUAUUAUAAUCAAGUGGAGCCCAACAAAGGGAAGCGAAGGCAUAGUCAUAGGCCGAGGAAGCAUAACGAGCCCGGCGGCGUUUUAAAGCACACAUUAAUAAUGGAGCAGUUCACCUUGCCACCAGGAGAUGGGAGAUGGGGCUAUGGGGUUAUGGCUUUUGUGGUUUCUCCUUCGAUUCGAUUUUCACUUGCUCUCCGGGCAUGUGUAUGUGCAUGUGUUGGUGUGUCUGUGUUUGGUUCAUUUACAGUUUUCACCUAGUUUUCAUGUUUUGGUUGUUUUGCCACUGGCCGCCGCCUCAGCGGCCCCAAGCGGCAUUCGCUUUGUUUGACACCCCGUCCGUCGGCUGGCCCCGUGUUUCCAGCGGCCGGUGCCCGAGUGUCGCCAGUGUCGCCAGUGUCCCUGUGUCCCUGCGUCCCUGGUUCCCGCUCUUCUUGCUCAGCCAUGUUCACUCAGGCUACUCUUUGCCAUUGUUGUUGUGGUGGCCGCUUUGUUGUUUUCCCAUUUUCCAUUUCCCAUUUUUUUUCGGGCCUGCUUUUGGUCCCUGUGUUCGUGCCAAGUGGCACUAAAACUAUUUGCCUUUUGCCCAGUUUGGCCAGCGGGAACAGGAGCGGUACCUGCCACACACACACGGCACACAUAGCACAUGCCACACACACACGCUGACACAGACACAGACACAGACACAACGCUCGGCACGCAACACGCAGAGGCGCUAGCGGAGUCGGAGUGCAGCGCUGGGAAACUCCAUGCCAUCCGAUCCAGAGGAGUCGGAGUAGGAGCAGGAGUCGGAGUCGAAGUCGGAGCCAAUGCAGCAAAUCGCACGUGUUCGCCUCGGCCCAAAGCGUUCGUGGCUGGUUCGUGGCGCCCAACGUGGGGCAUCGUGGCAUAGUGGCUUCGUGGCUCCGCAGGCCGUUCGGCUCGCCGUUCGUCGGCUUCGGCGGUGGUGCUGGUGCUGGUGCUUGGGCCACGGCUGGUGGCGCUGGACACUUUUGCAGCGCCUCAGUUCGGUUCAGUCGUCGCAGUCGCAGUCACGUCGUCACAACGUAAUCGUGCAACGCGUUCCGCGCUUGGCGGCGACUGUCGUCAGUCAGUCAGUCACCAUGUAUUUAAGUGAAAUGCCGCGAUAAUUAAAAUGAAAACGAAAGUGAAA